UCUCAGACGGUCGAUAUAGUAUGCAUGCAUGCAUACACCGGAUAGCGUUUGAAAAGUGUACUACCCGAACGGAUUGUAUCAUAACUGGAAGGAGCAAAAAUUAUACUUCCUUUCUGUCGACAGAGAUGGAUGAGAACGUUGGUUCAGAUGGCUACUCCAAAAAGAUAACGAAACAAACAUUUAUGGAAAGGUUUGCAAUAUUUGAGAAAGGAUCAGAGGCAGAAAAGGAAUUGAAAAAAGACAAUCCGAGCGACUCGUCUUGGAGACGUACUCAAGGUUCAACAACUGCAGAUUCAAAUAAUAUCAGAUCAAAGUACAAAGAUCUUAGAGUUUUCCAUCGGCCUCAUUGUCUGAUUAAGAAUGAUGAAAACAGAACGCUGUCCAUAGAGACGGAUGUAAUGCAAGAGAUAUCACAAAUAGAGGAUACAAUAAAUGUCAUAGGUAUAGCCGGUCCAUACAGAUCAGGCAAAUCGUACUUACUGAACAGAUUGGCAGGUGUUAACCGAGGUUUUCCUCUCGGUAAUACGACGGACGCCGCGACAAAAGGCAUAUGGGUUUGGUGCAUAGAACAUCCUGAGCACAAAGAAGAAGUGUUAAUGUUGCUUGACACAGAAGGAAUAGGAGAUGUUGAGAAGGGCGAUGAAAAAAACGACAACGAUAUCCUGUGUCUAACGACUCUGCUGUGUGGAACAUUUGUUUUCAACUUGCUUGGUGUAGUUAAUGAAAAAAUGCUCAAAAGUUUGUCUUUUGUAUCCAAGAUAGCAAGGAAUAUUGCUUUGAGUAACACAGUUACACAAAAUGACUUGAAACAUGUUCCAGAUGUGGGUUUCUUUUUACCUUCGUUUGUCUUGUGCUUGCGAGAUUUCAGCCUUAAGAUACCAAAUAACGGAACACCAGAUGAUUAUUUAGAAAACUGCUUGAAAUUAAAAAAAGGACAUACAAAACAUCAGAAUCAGAAAGAAUACAAUGAUAUCAGACUAUCCAUACUGCAAAAUUUUAAAAAGCGAAGAUGUUUCGUUUUUGACAGACCUGCAGCGGAACGCAGACAAUUGAGUCGGUUAGAAGAGCUGAGAGAUACAGCACUCAGCAAGGACUUUCUCAAAGACACUAGAUGCUUUUUGGAAUAUAUGUAUGGCUGUAAACCAAAGACACUAAUGGAUGGCAGUGUUUUAAAUGGAAGAAUGCUUUCCUCGCUUGUGGAACAAUACACUGGUGCAAUAAAAUCUGGGGAGAUGCCGUGCAUCGAUGAUGCACUGACUUUAAUGUCACAGAAAGAGAAUGAAGUUGUACAGAAGAAAGCUGUUGACUGGUUCAAACAAUAGAUUGAAUCGAUUGAGCUGCCAUUACCGGAUGAUUUUGAGUUCAGUUACAAACAAAUCCAGAGGCAUGCACUCCAAAUGUUUAGAAAAAUGGCCAUUCUUGAUGAUAAGCAGGAGUUUCAGACAUUAGCAGAG